AUGGUUCUAAUGACCAUAGUUACCGCUUGUUUUAAUUUAGUAAAGAAUGUUCUACGAAUUUUCAUUUAUUUUGUACUACCGCGACCCGCGAUCGUUGAUCCCCAGGCGAACCGUGCAAGAGAUUCACGAUUAACCGAGAAAUUCAUACAAAAUUUCGAGGAAAAGUAUGGUAACGUGCGACCGGAUUUCUUCCGUGAAAGUUACUCACAGGCUUUGGAAAGGGCAAAGAAUGACUAUCGUUUUUUGAUGGUGAUAUUGGAAGCUGACGAACACGAUGACACUGCAAAAUUCAACAAGGAAACUUUGACUUCCAAUGAUUUGAUAUCAUACCUUCGCGAUAAUGAGAUAUUGGUAUGGGCAGGAAACGUUAGAGAUCCCGAAGCUUUCCAAGCGAGUGUCACAUUGCAAGCGACCACAUUCCCAUUUGUAGCCAUAAUCGUUCUUCAGGCUCCUCACGGUAGCCCGGGAUCAAGCCCAAAGAUGACGGUGGUUGAUCGCAUUGAAGAUGACCUAUCUGUUCACAAGUGUUGGUUAUUGCAUCCGCAAGGAUUGUUAAGUUCCGAUUUUCUCAUAGCGAGGCUGACUAUGCAAACCCAUCGGUAUGGCCCUGGUCUGCAAAGAUUCCGCAUGGAUCGAGAGGAACGUGAAAGUGCGCGUCAAAUUCGCGAACAGCAGGACUAUGCCUAUCUCGCCUCUUUGCAGGCUGAUCAAGAAAAAGAGCGUAAAGCGCAUGAAAUAGCUGAAUUAAAAAGACUAGAACAGGAGCGCGCUAGGAAAGAGGCAGAAGCGCGUCAGAGGUUUUUGGAAAAUAGGGAAAAAUGGAGAAGAUGGUGUUUAUCCAAGCUGCCAGACGAGCCUUCCCGUGAUGAAAAAGAUGUGACAAGGCUAAGUUUUAAACUGGCCAAUGGUGAAAGGGUCGUCAGGAGAUUCAGGGCAGAUGAUACCAUUGAGACGAUAUAUAUCUUUGUAGAUACCUAUCAUUUGCGAGAAGCAGCAACUGCUUCUGUGGUGCCACAACCACCAAAAGACUAUACUCAUAAAUAUGACUUUCUACUUGUGUCACCAUUCCCACGAACAGUAUACUGUGCCGAUGAAUCUAAGACGAUCAAGGAAGAGCGUAGUUUUUGGCCAUCUGCCAAUCUUAUUGUGGAAGUAAUGUCUGAUGAAAAUGAAGGAGAUGAUGACGAAUGA